UAAUGUUCUAAUGUGCAGGGGCUUGGCCUGACCAGUCCUACCGUGGAACCUUUCCAGGCCCCAUGUCGUGCUCUGCUGGGCUUGCCUGUUGGGAUUCUACUGGGGUCAUGGAGGUGGGUGGCCCACAGAGCGGAGCUCGGGAGACCCCCGCAGUCCCUGGAGUAGCCACAUGGGAGGGAGGCCCGGCUGGCAGGAGCUCCCAGUCCCUCCAAUCCUGUGGGUCAGAGCUGGUGAGGAUGCUCAGAGGGCAAGGGAAUGUCCACAGAAGCACGUGGGAGAUGGGUCCCAUCCCACCCCCACCCCUGUCUCUGAGGGCAGGGCCACCUGAGGGCUGCAGGGCAGCGCAUGGGUGGCCGGCGUUUAUUCAGCAGGCUGGCGGGGGCUUCCAAGUUUUGCAGGGACCUCCAGUACUCUGGCAGCCUGCACCCUUCCCUUCCCUUCCCUUCUGUCCACCCUAAGCCUCCUAGGGGGCAGGCAGGCUGGACUUCAGAAAAGGUGGGCUCUGCCCUCCUCCGGUCCCCCGAAUGUUUUGGGGCGCCGCACCGGGAAAGAGUCCACCAAACACACAUGCACACACCCGCGCACACGCACAUACCCAAUGCAUGCACACACGUACACACACACGCAUACAUGCAUGUAUACACGCGCACACACGCAGGCAUUACACACACACACCCGCACGGACGGGCACACACAAACACGCGCGCACGCACGCACGCACGGGGGAGGUCAGCCCCAAGCAGGGCUGGGGAGGGGUGCAGGGCGCGGCGUGUCUGUGGGCACUUGGGGCGUCGAGACGCCGCCGGGAGGUUUUCGGGCAAGUCUGCGAGAAGACGGCGGGCCCUGAACUGGGCGGGUACCCGCGCUGUUGCGCGUGGGUCCCGGGAGCGGCCUCCGGCGCCCUCUGGCGGGCGGAAGCCGCGCAGCACCUCUUGGGGGCGGGACGCGCGGUGGCUACCGACUCCCGGCCCGCCCUGGCCCGCAUGCAGGACCCGGUCGUCCCCUCCUGCUGUCCUGGAGCCCGGACUGAGGCCCGGGGGCGCGGCAGGGCUCCCGGUCCACGCGAGCCAUGGCCCGUCCGCGCCUCGGCUCAGCCCUGCCCUCCGCAGCCGCUUUCUGGUGGCUCCGCCCGCGGCCCAAUUUCCAGGCGACCGUUUCCCGGCGACGGCGGGCGGGGCCGUCUCUGCCGCCCCCCGCCGCGCGCUCCGCGGGCGCCUGCGACGCGCCGCCUCUGGCUCGGGUGCGGGAGCGGGGCCUGCCCGGACUGCGACGCCGCCACAGCUCGGGGCCAGUUCGCCCAGUCAGGGGGAUGGCUCGGUCGGCCUCGGGGGUCGACGAUCCCCCGGGUAGGCGACGUGCCCUGUCCAGGCCUCACUUCCCAAGUCCGCAAAACGGGGUGGAGAGCGCAGCCUAAGGCAGAGCCGCGCCAAGGUCCCUCGCUGUCGCCGGGCUCUGGCGGCCUGACCCGGCCUGGGGUCCGAGCGUGCCCGCGGGCCUGCGGGGGUCGCCGCGAUGGACUCGCUGGCAGCGCCCCAGGACCGCCUGGUGGAGCAGCUGCUGUCGCCGCGGACCCAGGCCCAGAGGCGGCUCAAGGACAUUGACAAGCAGUACGUGGGCUUCGCCACACUGCCCAACCAGGUGCACCGCAAGUCGGUGAAGAAAGGCUUUGACUUCACACUCAUGGUGGCUGGUGAGUCAGGCCUGGGGAAGUCCACACUGGUCCACAGCCUCUUCCUGACAGACUUGUACAAGGACCGGAAGCUGCUCAGUGCUGAGGAGCGCAUCAGCCAGACGGUAGAGAUUCUAAAACACACGGUGGACAUUGAGGAGAAGGGAGUCAAGCUGAAGCUCACCAUCGUGGACACGCCGGGAUUCGGGGAUGCUGUCAACAACACCGAGUGCUGGAAGCCCAUCACCGACUAUGUGGACCAGCAGUUUGAGCAGUACUUCCGUGAUGAGAGUGGCCUCAACCGAAAGAACAUCCAAGACAACCGAGUGCACUGCUGCCUGUACUUCAUCUCCCCCUUCGGGCAUGGGCUGCGGCCAGUGGAUGUGGGUUUCAUGAAGGCAUUGCAUGAGAAGGUCAACAUCGUGCCUCUCAUCGCCAAAGCUGACUGUCUUGUCCCCAGUGAGAUCCGGAAGCUGAAGGAGCGGAUCCGGGAGGAGAUAGACAAGUUUGGGAUCCAUGUAUACCAGUUCCCUGAGUGUGACUCGGACGAGGAUGAGGACUUCAAGCAGCAGGACCGGGAACUGAAGGAGAGCGCGCCCUUCGCCGUUAUAGGCAGCAACACGGUGGUGGAGGCCAAGGGGCAGCGGGUCCGGGGCCGACUGUACCCCUGGGGGAUCGUGGAGGUGGAGAACCAGGCGCACUGCGACUUCGUGAAGCUGCGCAACAUGCUCAUCCGCACGCAUAUGCACGACCUCAAGGACGUAACGUGCGACGUGCACUACGAGAACUACCGCGCGCACUGCAUCCAGCAGAUGACCAGCAAACUGACCCAGGACAGCCGCAUGGAGAGCCCCAUCCCGAUCCUGCCGCUGCCCACCCCGGACGCCGAGACUGAGAAGCUUAUCAGGAUGAAGGAUGAGGAACUGAGGCGCAUGCAGGAGAUGCUGCAGAGGAUGAAGCAGCAGAUGCAGGACCAGUGACGCUCGCCGCGGACACGCCGUCCGUCUCCGGGACGCCCUCCCACCCCUUUGGACCCCAGACCGGACUGUUCCCGACCCGGAGACGCGGGGCCACAGCCCCCAGCUGACCCUAAUUUAUUCUCAGCACCACCCCCUCCCAGGUCAUUGUGUCUGCUUCCGAGGGGCCUGGACCGUAGCCCCCGCCCAGCUGGCCCUCUCUGACCUUGGGGGAUCAGGAGCAAAGUUGGGCGGGACUUCAGAGAUCCGCCUCCCUUGCCCUUCCCCCGCCCCCGGACGGUCACAGCACCCAAACCGCAGGCCCUGCUCUGGCAGGCAGGCAAAGCUAGGCAGAAGAGGAUUCCCAGGAUCCUGGGUCUGUUCCCUGCCCCAGUGCUGCAGAACGGACUUGGGAGCCCUCCUUUGCCUGCUCCCGCGGGUCACCCAGCGAGUGCUGAGACCCAAUUUUCUGUCGAGGCAGGCCGAGUCUUCCCUUAUCCCCAGACGCCUAGCGGGCAGGGUUGGGCUGAAUCAAAUGGGAGCCCUCCAGACAAGGAGGCCAGAGGCUGCAAGGAGCGGGGCCGUGACCGCUCACACCCCUUCUCCACAGCCCGGCCCGACCUGGAGGGCCCCCGGGGCACUGGGCGGUGAACCACCUCCUGGCAACUCUCGGUGCCGUCCCCUGCCCUCGCUCGAGGCCUCUUCUCCCCAGCACCGCUGUGGUGUGCCGGGAUCCUGAGCCUCGGCCUCCCGAUCUUCCCACCCGCAUGAUCCCUUCCCGCCAUACGAUGCUCCGUUUUGUUCCGUUGUGAAUGCCGCGUCCUGUCCUGGUGACAGGAGAACAAUGUUGGUGAACGUCGCAGCGGGUGUCCGAGUGCUCCGUGUGCCCCUGAGAGCGGGUGGGAGCGGAAGCCUGAGCGGCCUGCGGCCUCCGGCGAUAGUGUGCUAUCUGCCGCUGCAGCGCGCGUCCGCGCGGCCUCUGGGCUAUUUCUGGCCGGGCCGCAGCACUGUGGUCGGUGCGGGCGUGGCAGGGGCGGGGCGGCCUUAUCGCUCGGCUCUCCCGCCUACGCCUCCCGCUCCAGAGUAAGCCGGGCCGCCGUCUUCUCGCCAUGGGCUCCGGUGAGUCUGGAGUCCGGUCGGGCCCCCGGCUGCUCCCUAGGCCGACCCGGGUUGAGAGGAGCUCUGGUCCUUUGGCUGCAGCCGGGAGAGACUUGGGUCAGACUUAGAGGGGACUUCCAGCCGGCGUGCGGGGUGGUCAGGGUGGAGAGGCUGGCGGGCUACCGGGACGCCGGGCAUCAGGGGCUGGAUGGAGCCGGGCCGGCGCUCUGGGUACUCAGAGACGUCGCCCAGGUGCCCGCCGACCGCUCGGCUCACUGCGGCGCUUCCCUUGCAGGGCCGCGCGGGGCGCUGAGCUUACUGCUCCUGCUGCUGGCCCCGCCGAGCCGCCCGGCCGCAGGUUGCCCGGCGCCCUGUAGCUGCGCGGGGACGCUCGUGGACUGCGGGCGCCGCGGGCUGACUUGGGCCUCGCUGCCGACCGCCUUCCCUGUCGACACAACCGAGCUGGUGCUGACCGGCAACAACCUGACGGCGCUGCCGCCGGGGCUGCUGGACGCGCUGCCCGCGCUGCGCACCGCACACCUGGGCGCCAACCCCUGGCGCUGCGACUGCCGCCUUGUGCCGCUGCGCGCGUGGCUGGCCGGCCGCCCCGAGCGUGCGCCCUACCGCGACCUGCGUUGCGUGGCGCCCCCAGCGCUGCGCGGCCGCCUGCUGCCCUAUCUGGCCGAGGACGAGCUGCGCGCCGCUUGCGCUCCCGGCCCGCUCUGCUGGGGGGCGCUGGCGGCGCAGCUUGCGCUGCUGGGCCUUGGGCUGCUGCACGCGUUGCUGCUGGUGCUGCUGCUGUGUCGCCUGCGGAGGCUGCGGGCCCGGGCCCGCGCUCGCGCUGCAGCCCGGCUGUCGCUGACCGACCCGCUGGUGGCCGAGCGAGCCGGAACCGACGAGUCCUGAGGAGAGAACCGGUGCGUCCUGAGGAGAGAACCGGCGCUGGGCAACGCGGGCCUGCAAACUCGACAGGAACCUGCCCGAGGGGCCCUCGCGCCAACCUGGACCGGUCUCCGCCUCCUCCGCUGCCCAAUCUCUCAGACCCACCCCACCUGCAGGCCCAGACCACGUGGGACAGAACUCCUGCCCACCCUACCCCGAGGGAGGCGAACCCGCACUUCCAGGCUUGGGAAGACCAUGGGGCACAAUGCGGUCCAGACCCUGCUGCGUCUCCCUUCCAAACUCUGGUGCUGAAUAAACCCUUCUGAUCUGG